UUCCACUGCCAAAGAGAAAGACGUCGCCACCAUUUAUUAAUUCGAUUGCAGCAGAGAAGCACUAGUUAACAGAAAUCCUCUUUACCGAAAUACGAUUGGCGAAAGAUUGACAGCUGUAAAAAUACACUGUUACAUAUCGCAUAGUCACUCGGUCGGUCGGUUUUUAAAGUAGUGAAAACCUCGUGAGUUCACGGAAAAAAAGGAAAAGUCUCGACCUAUCGUUAGGUGAGCAAUAAAGAGAAAGAAGAGAUAAAGAUGGCUGCCCUGCCUCGUAGAAUAAUCAAGGAAACACAGCGCCUGAUGCAGGAACCUGUCCCAGGGAUUAGCGCCGUUCCGGACGAACAAAAUGCGCGUUAUUUCCAUGUCAUAGUGUUCGGACCGGAGGAUUCCCCUUUCGAGGGUGGACUGUUCAAACUGGAAUUGUUCUUGCCUGAGGAUUACCCGAUGUCAGCACCAAAAGUGCGAUUCAUCACAAAAAUAUAUCAUCCAAACAUUGAUCGAUUGGGCCGUAUUUGUUUAGAUAUAUUGAAAGAUAAAUGGAGUCCAGCGUUGCAAAUCCGCACCGUUUUAUUAUCAAUCCAAGCCUUGCUAAGUGCCCCCAAUCCUGAUGAUCCACUUGCAAAUGACGUAGCCGAGCUGUGGAAAGUUAAUGAAGCAGAGGCAAUUCGAAACGCCAAGGAGUGGACCCAACGAUACGCGAUUGUGGAUAACUAAAAUGAAGUCUAAACUGAUGCUAGACACUAUUGGGCACGACGUUUUUAAUUUAUAAAAGAAGUGAAUAAAUUUACACACAAAAAAUGAUAUCCCGGAGAAUGAAGGCGAAUGGUUAGAUAUAGUGAAAACGAGAAUUAAAAAGGGGAUUUUCUUGAGGCCCUCCUAGCAGUCCUACCGAAUUUUGCACAUCAAAUGCAAUAUCUCGACUAGCAACAGCAGCAGCAGCAGCAACAACAAAAAACAACAAUCGCUUCAGCCAAAGGCAGUUUUGAAAAAUAAGCUGAAAUUCAUAAAUCAAAGAAUAUAAUGCGUAAACUGUAGCAGCCAAUGCCGCCACUGUUGGAGGAGGAAGCAGUAGAAGUCGUUCGCUUUCUAUUUUUUUUUGGUUUUAUUUUUCUGCUUUUGUUUUCGAGAAUGUUCAACGAUGCAGUCUAAUCGAGAAUCAAAGAUCGUGUACAUUGAACGCAUUGGAUUCUGGAAAUCCAAGCAACGAAUAGGACUGGCCUCUCGCACGUUUCCCGUUCACAACGCAACAUCCAAUCUCCCUUUCCCCAUCUGCUGCACGUAUUUUUAAUAAAUUAUAAAUUCUUUCACUACAAAAGCGUAAAAAGCAGAAAAAAACAUAAAAAAUAAAACCAGCAGUAAAUUAUAAAAUGAUAACAUUCGCUCGUUUGAUAUCGAAAUAAAUUUGAAGAUCCUUUCGAAUGGUGUACUAUCGAGAAACAACAACAACAACCGAGACAGUUUAGAAUAACCAAUUUUUUCUGUAAGCCUGCUGCGCAUUGUGCUAGAGUAUCACACACACACACACACACACAUUCUCACAUUCGUUGGGUAUACAUACAUUCGCGUGUGUAUAGAUGUGUAUGACACUUUUUUCCUGUUAUGUGGUUCUCUCCGAUCAGAUAUUUGAAUAUUCCGCAAAUUUUAACACGAGCAUUAGGUGGAGAACUGAUGUCGCAAAAUAACACGACGACAGAAACAGAAACAAAGCUGCAACGGAGUUCUAAACGACUAAAUGACAGACAGUUCUAGUAAUUGAAGGAGUAUAAAUAUUAAUAUUAUUAUUAUUAUUAUUAAUCAACUCUAUUUAGUGAAUCCAAUUCAAUUGAGUAAGGAUUAAAAGGAGUGUAAACUGGAGGAAUAAUUAUAACAGUAACUUUAAUAUUAAUGCCAGAAGAAGUAAGUGUACAUUAGAGAAUGGAAUAAAACACUUUAGAAAAAAACAUAAACCUUCAUUUAA